GGCUACUCUAACUUUAAAGGUUGCAACAAACUCGUAUUUUUGUAAUUAAUAAUUUUUCGUUGAAUCGCCUGUUUAAAUAAAAAUAGUGUGCUACUGAUCAAUAUUAAACGUAUAAAUGUAACUUCUACAGAACUUCUAAGUCUCUUGCCAAAAUUUGAAACCCCAUUUAAAAGCACAUACAGAAAAAGGUGGAAUGCACGAUGAUUGAGUCCAGAACAUGCUCAAUACCUAACCAUGGGAGAAGUGCCUUGCAGUCCAUGUUUGAGCUUCGUAAAGAGGAAAAGCUCUGCGAUGUAACAUUGAGUGUUGAUGGUAAACAGUUUCCAGCCCAUAAGAUCGUGCUGGCAGGAUCGAGCCCAUAUCUUAAAGCAAUGUUUACCAAUGGCAUGUUAGAGACAGAUCAAGAUGUAGUUGAGAUCAGAGAAAUUGAUGCAGCAACUAUGCAGAAUCUUCUCGAUUUUAUGUACACCAGUACCAUUGAAAUUACAGUGAACAAUGUUCAGAGCAUUCUUCAAGGUGCUUCCCUGUUUGGCCUUCAUCAGUUGAGAGUGCUGAGUGCUCAGUUUCUACAGCUGCAGUUGACUGCAACCAAUUGCUUAGGUAUUCAACACUUUGCUGACGUUUACAUGUGCAAUGAACUUGAAAAGGCAGCAAGGCAGUUCAUUUAUCAGAACUUUCUUGAAGUGGUUCACACUGAGGAAUUCCUACAGCUCUCCGAGGAGCGACUCGUGGAUCUCUUGAGAAGUGACCAGCUUCAUGUGAUGUCUGAAUCCCAGGUCUUUGAUGCAGCUUUCACGUGGCUCAAUUAUGAUAUUGCUCGAACAGAGAGUGCAUGUACAGUAUUGAAACACAUAAAACUAGGGCUUCUGGAGUUACCUAUGCUGGAAAAUGUUGUGAUAAAAUCUGAUUUCUUCCGAACUUGCCAUAAGUGUCAGUCACUUAUAAGUUCUGCCAUUCGAUGCCAAUACGAGAGAAAGAAUAUGGACCUGUUGACGCCUAGGGCCCAUCCCCCUUGUAUCUAUGUCGUUGGAGGAAGGAACAGCCAGGAUUGUCAGUUGAGGAGUAUGGAGCGAUAUGAUUUCCUCACAGACACCUGGAGUUCUAUGCCAUCAAUGAACAUUGCUCGUACUGCCAUUGGGUCGGCAACACUUGACGGCAUGCUGUACACAGUGGGUGGGGAGUGUGCUCUCAUUGACACGCAGGAGAACACCCUGUACCUGCGAUGCAUGGAGUGCUUUGAUCCCGUUCAGCGACAGUGGCUCCCAAAACCAGAGAUGAAGAUUGCGCGUUCAUUUGUGGCUGUUGCAGCAUUGAACGGCUUUCUUUAUGCAAUAGGUGGCGAGGAUAAAUCAUGCGGGUAUAACCUGGUGGAGAGGUUUGACCCCAGGACAGACCAGUGGGUUUUUGUAGGCAGCAUGAAGAGACGGAGAGCUGGGGCCGGUAUCACAGUGUGUGAAGGGAAGAUAUAUGUGGCAGGGGGCCAUGAUCGUACUCUGCACAUGGACCGGGCCAGCAUGGAGUGCUACGACCCCGUGACGGAUGAAUGGACCUUUGUCUCAGAAAUGGAGAAGGCUCGCUCCGGACUGCUGUUGGCCACCAUAGAUCAGAACGUGUAUGCCUUUGGUGGGCGAUACCGACAUUCAGACGAGUAUUAUGCACUUGUUGAGAGAUUCAACGUGUUAACUCGUCAAUGGACGACCUUGACACCGAUGAACACGCCUCGGGCCUGGGCUGGUGUGGCCUUGUUUGAUGGACGUAUAUACCUGCUGGGGGGUUUUGAUGGGGGAUAUCGGUUACGCAGCGGAGAGUGCUAUGAUAUAGAGACCAACCUCUGGACCUUCAUUAACAACAUGCUGGUCCCCAGGGCUGGCUGUGGAGCGGCAGUUGUGUGAUUAUGAUUUAUCCUAUGUGUUAUUAUUAUGCUAAAAAUUGGUGUGAUCAUGUUAAUUGGUGUGAUCAUGUUAAUCGGUGUGAUCAUGUUAAUCGGUGUGAUCAUGUUAAUUGGUGUGAUCAUGUUAAUUGGUGUGAUCAUGUUAAUUGGUGUGAUCAUUUUAAUUGGUGUGAUCAUGUUAAUUGGUGUGAUCAUGUUAAUUGGUGUGAUCAUGUUAAUUGCAAGAUAAGUUUGUAAGCCUCUUUGAAAAGGGGGUCUAAUGGAUUGUCUUGACUUGACAAGGAUGUGUGUUAAGUAUCGUCCCAGAUAAGCCUGUGCAGUCUGCACAGGCUAAUAAGGGACGACAAUUUCCCUUGUAUUUCCUUUUAUUUGAGAAGAAGUCUCUUGUACACAGGAAUCUAAUAGUUGUGACGAAGAGUGUCAUCCCUGACAUCCCUGUGCAGACUGCAGAGGCUAAUCUAGGAUGACACUUUAAGCACAUGCAUUUAACCCUGUUUACUCAGAGCGCGACUUAUUUAUUUUAUGCUUAAAAGUUGAUUUUUUAUAUAUAAAGAUUGGUCAUUUACUGUUGUUUUUUUUGUGGAGUGGUUGGUUUCACAUUUCGAUAGCACAUUAGGUGUUGUAAUGAAUUGGGUUGGGUUUAAAUAGUCAUGUUGUUUGAUUGGUUAUAAUCUUUGAUUGAUUAUAGUUUAUAAUUGGUCGUAGGGUAUAAUUUACCAUGAGUUGUGAUUGACCAUUUGAUGUGAUUGUUAUAAGUCUGUGAUUGGCCAUUUGAAGUGAUUGAUGAUGUGGUGUAACUGUUCAUGAUUAUCUUUUUUCUGGGACUUCCUUAAAUACAUGUACAACAGUAUACUUAUUUGAGUUAAGUGAUAUUGUUUGGUUUGUUUAGGGCUUAUUUCAUAUAUUCAACUGCAUUUUUAUUAUGUUUAAAUCACUCCAAUUGUUAUGUGACAUCGCUGAUCAGGUGAACAAUAAUUUCUGAUUGCUUGGCAUCACGCCAGGUAUGCGGAUAGUUUGAUAACAGAUGGCACUUCGAUACCAGAAAACAACAAAAGCCACGCGCGAGAGUUGAGUUCUUCAGCUUUUUAGCUCACCUGAGCAUAACGUGCUCAUGGUGAGCUUUUGUGAUCGCCUUUUGUCCGUCGUCCGUUGUGCGUUGUCCGUUGUGCGACGUCAACAUUUGCCUUGUUCACUCUCUAGAGGCCACUUUUAUUGUCCAAUCUUGAAAUUUGGUCAGAAGAUUGGUUUCAAUGAUAUCUUGGAUGAGUUCGAAAAUGAUAACGUCUGCUUGAAAAACAUUGCUGCCAAGGGGCGGGGCAUUUUUCCUUUUAUGGCUAUAGCAAAAUCUUGUUAACUCUCUAGAGGCCACAUUUAUUUUCCGAUCUUAAUGAAACUUGGUAAGAAGAUAUGUCCCAAUAAUAUCUUGUUAUCUCAGGUGAGCGACUUUGGGCCUUUCAGGCCCUCUUGUUUGCAUUUAUGCUCUGUUCAUUUGGUUUUCAGACAGGUUACAUUGUUUGGUCGAUUAAUGGUAUAGUAAUUCGUAUUGCGGAGCAAGAAAUUCGUGAAAAAAAACACAGGAUUAUAAAAAAAAAAAAAUUCAUCGAUAAAAUCAUCAUGAAUUCGAUGAUCAGUACGUAUUUCAACAAAAUAAAAAUACUUGGAAAUAAAUCAAGAACGUGCCAACUAAUCGAAAUAAAAGAUCAAUAUGUCCAUUAAUGUUACAACAUGUUAAAUUUUAGUUAACUAACGUAUUUAAGGAAAUUCAAAUGUUUUCAGAGGCGGAUGCCAAAUUUUCAUGGACACUUCUUUUACCGAUCAUCUGAAAAACAAUGGCACUUCGAUUCCAGAUAACUCGACACUUUUUACCAGAUAUAACACACUCUAUUUAGUGAAUCAGAAAUGCAGAAUUCGCUGUUGAAUACUGUUAUAGUAAGCAGGCAAUAAAUAAAAUGUAUGUGCUGACGUAAAUUAAAAACAAAUUACCGAAACAUGUCCAUAUCCCGUUGGAAUAUGAUAAUAAAAGGGAAAGGGAAGUGCUUCCUAUUUAAGGAGAGCUCAAUAUAAAGGGAAUUUUCCAAUCUCUUUUAAAUUUUGUGGCUACGCAUUAGUAUUGUCUUCAUGAUGCGAUUCUAAUGAGCACCAAUGACAAAGGAUUUUAUGAGGUGUAUUGACCGCUUUAAGACCCCUUGCUCUCUAAGAGUCCUGCUAUAAGUUCAAUUGAACACAGUCGUGUUGAUCCACAUGAUCCGUUGUAUUUUCAAUUCUCUUCAUCUCAACAAACCACUUGAAAACAAGUUGAUUACUUAGACAAUGAUUUUCGGUCGUCACUUGAAAUAUAUUACUUCAGAAAUAAGCAUUUGAAUCUUGUUUAAAAAUUGCACUUAUAAUAUUAAUUAUAUAAAUGAAUAGUAAUAAGACUUUUGAAAACGAACAACGCCAUUGGUUAUAUUUUACAUGUGUAUGUAAUUACGUUAUGCGUAGAUUCCCAGUGUGUCAGGCUUGACAAUGCAGAUUGAUUCGUACUUCAAAAUGUUUGGUAAGAAUAGUAAUACUAUACAUAAAUGCAUUUCAGGUAGAGGAUAAAACUCGGUUAUCAGAGUGCCCAAUUUGUUGAAAGUCUCUGUUAUCUGAAGUGCCCUAUAUCGGGAAUCAAAGUAUCCGCAACUUCAUGAAUACCACCUAUUAAAACAUGCUCUAUCUUCGUUUAUAUUUCAUUGAAUACUAUCAAAAUUUCAUUAUUUGAAGCACAGUGAUUACUCUACAUGCUGGAAUAUCAAACAAUUUCUUGCAAUAUUUCUAAGUAGUUUUAUUUUGUUGAAAUGUUUACUGUUCAUCCAGUUUAUGCUGUUUUCCGACCGAAUUUUCUACUUUUUGGGGAUAAAUCUACCAUUCUUCCAUGAUUUUUUUCUUUGCAAUAGAAAAGGAUACACCAUUUCACGCGUGGCUUUUUUGUUAUCUGGUAUCGAAGUGCCAUCUGUUACCAAAGUAUCCGCAUACCCAGCGUGUGGCAUGUAGAGCAUUUGAUCAUGACAAUUAAUAGCUCCAUCUUUGAUGUGUGUUUUCUUCUCUACUUGAAUUGACUCAUUUGAUUUUUUAGGGGUGUAGGAUAUUUUAUAUAUAAUGUAAUUUCCUUUAUUCAUUAAGCGUCAGUAUAUAUGAAGUUAUUUUUUUUAUUAUUUGUCUUACUUACUAUUAUAGUUAAGUCUAUUCAAUAUUAUUUGCAUAUCAUAGUACAAAUCUUUUAUCCGAGUUAGAAUAUGAAAUAACGCAAUAUAAAUGUAAACACAAUGUCAAUAUGUGUUUGAAUGAGCCACAUAUAUGUUUUGUAUGGUUCUCUAGUAGAGGAGUGGCAUAAAUCAUGAUUCAAUACUGUAUGUGAGAAAAACUUUUAUUAUAAAUUUCAUUCUGUGAACGUUUGCCUUAUAACGUACAAAUGCCUGUGAUGUUUGGAUAUUUAUAUUAUAUUUA